CCCCAUUAAAGACACUGAAGGUGCCGAACGAGAAAGCGAGGGAAUAUCACUCCUAAUCCAAAAAAUGUUGAUUAAUGUUUUUUAUCAUUUGGCUUCUUUGAUGGUAUUUUCAGCGUCCUUGAAGGUGAAAAAUGAGCAUGAAUCUUCAUUCUCUGAGCCUUCGGAUACGGCGUUUCUAGUCAGACCACCUGACUAGCUGCAGUAAAGCCUCACGACACUCGAUUUUUUCGACAGAGCGAAGGCGGCCAAGUUAAGCUAUGUAUGUUGAGCAUGUCUGAGCCUGUGUCAAGCAUGAGAGUCGCUUCAAGCAGAUCGUUGUGCUUCGUUCUGUUGCUGCAAACAGUCUGGUGCGGGUUCGGCGAUGCAGUGGAACUGUCGACUGCUACGUCGGAAACAAGUAGGAGUAUUGCCCGUUCCGGAAGAAUAACUCUACCCUUUUUGGCACCAGCCGAUGCAAUUUCGAUGGUUCCCGUUCCUGGACCGCCAGCGCCGAGUGGAUCGCCACCGCCAGAGUCUAUGGCGAAAAUCGAGGACAUUCCGCCACUAGAGCCUGAGAAUACCGAUGCAUUGGGCGAGGUCUUUCUUCUUGUCUCAUAGAACUAUUUUCCAACUGACAAGUUUUUGCUGGCGGCUUUGUUGAAGAUGUUGACAGGAAGCGAGUAGGCGAUGAACUUACUUUGAAAUAACAGGCUGGAUAUGGAUAUCGAUGAAGAUGCAUGCUCACAUGAAUGUACUACACUUUCGUCUUAGGUGAUACCCGGUCGCUUGUAUGAAGCCUUGGACUCAAGAGACCAGUGGCAUGUUGUUUUGCCGACGAAGGUGCUCGGAGAACACGCAUUCGACGCGCGGGUGGCGCGCUUCGGGGCACACACUUACGGAGUGCAGAAACUUGUUAGAGAGAAAGAAUACCAAGACGAACACUUCGUGAAGAAUGGUGAGCAGUCAUAUUUGACCAGCGGAAACUACACGAGUAUCUUUGAAGACCGCUGGCCGCGUGUUUACAGGAAAUUCACGAGAAUUAUUCCAGUAGUUAACGACUACCCACCGAAAGGCUUUCGCUGAAGGUUCUGCUCGGCGGGGAUGGCAGGACGACACGUAGAGCAACAGGCUCAGGAUCCCUUACACCCCUUAUUGGAGACAUCAAUAAUAUCAACAUCUUCCUCUUCACAUCGUAUUUGUUUUUUCCAAGGCGUUUUUGAAGUUGCAAACAUAGGACGCGACUAGCAUGUACGCGGAGGCUGCGGUCGCAGACCCUGCGUAGAUCCAAACGAAAAGAGAAACUGGGCGUAGAAUAUUAUACAUGUUUUAGGGCUGGACGGUGCC